AGGAGCCCGUGUUCCUCGCUCGCUCAAUAAUCAUGGUGGGCAUGAGCCUUCUGCGAACGGUGGCUGCUUUUACAGCCAGAUUAAACCCGCUGAAUCGACCUCAUCUAGCAACAAAUUUACUUUCCAGGACUGUUGCACGUACGGAACAAGUUGCUGUCCGUCAUGGGAGCCAUGGAAAAAGUAUGUUUAUCAUCAAACCCACCGACUUCUAUGAUAGGAGAUUUCUUCACCUGCUGAAAUAUUACAUACUUCUCACUGGGAUCCCUGUUGCAGCACUCGUGACCUUUGUUAAUGUUUUUGUUGGAGAGGCUGAGUUGGCAGAAAUACCUGAAGGCUAUGAACCAGAACAUUGGGAAUACUACAAGCAUCCCAUCACUCGUUGGAUUGCUCGUACGUUAUAUGAUAGCCCAGUGAAGGACUAUGAGAAAAUGAUGGCACUUAUCCAGAUGGAGGCAGAGAAGGCUGAAAUGAGACUACAACAGCUUGAAGUUCGCAGACACAUGAGAGAGAAAGGAGAUGGGCCCUGGUUUCAAGUUCAAACACUUGAUAAGAAUCUAAUAGACCACAGCCCCAAGUCAUCCCCUGAUAACUAAGAGCAUUCAUGCAUACCUGUCAGAAUAUUCAGGCAUUAUACAAUGUAUAAUGUAUUGUUAUUAAUUAAAAUAUCUUUGGUUUUUGUUUCUUUGACUCUGGCACCAAUAAAGUAAAAGUUAUAAUUUA